AUGGCUACCCCUAGUGUCCUAGCUUUUGACGCUGAGGGUCGCGCCAUUGACUUUGAGGUCUGGGUCGACGACCUGCAGUUGUUUUUACAGUGCGAUAGGGCAGACGGCCUCUCUCUCUUUGACCUCACUUCUGGCGCCUCUCCUGCCCCUGCUGCUGAUGCUGAUCCCACUGUGCGCUCUCAGUGGGCCACCCGCGAUGCUGCUGCACGUCUUGCUGUGCGUCGCCACCUCCCUACCUCUGAGCGCGCGCACUUUAGUCAGUACAAGAGUGCUCAGACCUUGUACGACGCUGUAGUUGCGCGCUACUCCUCCCCUGCCACUGCUGCACUGAGCCGUCUCAUGCUUCCCUACCUCUUUCCUGACCUCUCUGCCUUUCCCACUGUCGCUGAUCUCAUUAUGCACCUCCGCACUAGUGACACUCGCUACCGCGCCGCCCUUCCUGCUGAGUUCUGCGCUAAGAACCCCCCCCCCAUGGGUGCUCUCCUUCCCCCCUUGCUGCCCUCUGUUGCCUCUGCUGCUGCUGCCGACCUGCUUGGUCUCGAGUCGGUUGGCGCGGCGUUUGCCCCUAGUGGGAGACGCCGCUCUGGCAAGGGCAAGGGGAGCAAGGGCGCUGGUGGAGCUGGAGGAGGCGGUGGAGGUGGCAGUGGAGGCAGCGGAGGGAGUGGGGGUGGCGGCGGGAGUUGUGGAGGGGGUGGUGGUGGUAGUGGUGGCAGCGGCGGAGGAGGCGGCGGUGGUGGCGGCGGCGGUGGUGGUAGCGGCAGUGGUGGCGGUGACGGUGGGGGAGGCGGCGGCGGAGGAGGCGGUGGUGGCGGAGGAGGUGGAGCUGGUCGAGGCGGUACCCAGCAGCGGAGCGGCGGUGGUGGUGGUCAGCGCUCGCAGCAUCAGCAGCAGCAGCGUUCGCGUGACGUCCCUCUGCCCCAGCAGCUCCGUGAGUGGUACACUCGGCGUCAGAGGGGUGGGGGUACUGGUCCUUGCACCUACGUCCUUCGUUCCGGCGACCGCGCGGGUGAGCAGUGUGGGGGUGCCCACCCCACCCAUCGCUGCUUUGGCCGCCUGACGGACGCUUGGCGUCAGCAGUUCCCCGGGGCUAGUGAGAUCCCUCGCUGGGAUGAGCUUCUUCGGGCUGGUGUAGCGAUCUUUGAUCUUGAUUUUGAUGCUAUCCUUGCUGCUAUGUAUGCUGUGACUAUUAGUGAGGAGGGUGACUGUUACCGGUGUUUCUCGCCCGACCCGGGCAUUGGUACUGCUGCGCUAGGUGCUUGUGAGGCUGCUGCUCUAGGUGCCAGUGCGUCUGCGCUCUCAGGUGCUGGUUAG